GCAGAGUCGCGCUGAAGGAAGACAGGAAGCAGAUCUGCGGGUGCCGUUACAAACGGAGAUACACACAGACGACACGGACACUGAGUGAAACAAACGGACAGUUGAGGCUCUACCAAAAAAAAAAAAAAAAACGUAUACUUUUUAGUCCCAACACACACAAAACUCACACAUCCGCGUUGAAAACCUAACCGACCGAAAAGCCAUGGCUGACUCCGGAGCGAACAGCAACAGCGACGGGGAGGACAAACCCAUGCGGGGCUUCGCGCGCCAGGGCGCCCUCCGACAGAAGAACGUGCACGAGGUGAAGGACCACAAGUUCAUCGCGCGCUUCUUCAAACAGCCGACCUUCUGCAGCCACUGCACCGACUUUAUCUGGGGAUUUGGCAAGCAGGGAUUUCAGUGUCAAGGUAGGUGUCACUCCCCUACCCUGAGAACCUAUUUAUAUUUGAUGCUGCCA